AUGGAUCUUCAAAACAUGCAAAAUCAAAGCAUGCAUUUUGUGUUGUCCACUGAUGCCAAACCAAGGCUAAAAUGGACUCCUGAGCUUCACCAACGGUUCAUUGAGGCGACCAAUCAGCUUGGAGGUGCAGAUAAAGCAACACCAAAGAGCCUUAUGAGGGUGAUGGGGAUUCCAGGACUUACUCUGUACCACCUGAAGAGCCACUUACAGAAAUAUAGACUUGGGAAAAGCCAACAACUCGAGACCAGCUCUCACAGCAAACAAGAAGAUUACAUAGAAACCAAGAGCAGUGACGGCCAUUGCAGCAGGGAAAUCAGUCUUGGGGCCCAGAAUCAAAUUACUGAAAACAUGCAGAUAGCUAAGGCACUCCAAAUGCAAAUGGAAGUACAAAGGAAACUUUAUGAACAAAUUGAGGUGCAGAAACAUUUGCAGCUCAGAAUUGAAGCACAAGGGAAGUAUUUGCAAUCAGUGUUGAAGAAAGCACAGGAAGCGCUUGCUGGAUACAACUCUGCCCCAGUGGGGAUAGAACUCACAAAAGCUGAACUUUCUCAGCUAGUUACCAUCAUCAACAAUGCUUGCCCAAGUUCUCCCAUCUCAGAACUGACAGAGACAAGAGGGUUGAGUUUAAGCUGUGGGGAGAGGAAAAGAGACAGAGGUACCAUGUGUUCACUGGAAAGUUCCUUGACAUCUUCUGAAAGCUCUAGUAGAAAGGAAGAGAAACAGCCAAUGGAAGAGAUAGGGGAGUUCAAAAGCUCCAAUAAUGCUUCACUUGAAUUGCCAUUGAUGGACAUUCACACCGAGAAUAAAGCAUCCAAUGGAGGCUCAAGUAGUGAGACUAGUGGGAGAAAGAGAAGUGCAGCAACACAAUCUAAUGAUGGUAGCUGUGUUGUUGAGCAACCAUAUGGGAAAAGAAGUGGCAACAAGUUGAGGAAACCCAAGUUGUCAGAAAUGCUCGACUUGAACAGCCAAUGCCAGAGUGACAUGGACUCAACACGUUCAAAAACAUUAGACUUAAAUUGCAGCUUAAAUUUUUGGGAACCAUGA